GCUAGUUCUGACGAGGGCGGAGUGCCAUGGAGGUUGUGUUGGGCGGAGGAGUGGAGGUUUGAGUGCUCCUUGAAGAAGGAAGGGGGGUGGGGGGUUUGCAGGAACCGAAAUGGAAGCCAAUGGGGGGAAAGGAGGAGGGCCGGUGUUGCGGUGGACUGAAAAUCCUGGGGCAGGUCCUCCACUCUCACGGGUCAAUCGACGCUUCGGUAUUCAUGAAAAACAUAACACAAUAUUAGAAAGAGAAGGCGAAAGAUCAAAAGGGUUGGCGUGGCUAAGUAACAAAACGUACAAAACGGGAAACGUUCCGAGGACAUGAAAACGUUUGAAUAGGUGGAAACGCUGGCAGAAGCAAAAUGAUAUUAAAUACAGAGACAACAUUAGCAGCUAUUGCUACACAUCACACUAAACAUGAUGGCCAUGUAUGAUCUAUCGGGAACGUAGGAAGUAACUACAAAACAAGACAUAGUGAAAGCAGUGGUAAAAGUGACGGAAAAUUGACACAAUUUAAAUAUGAAAGUGGUCAAAUAUGAGAGUUCACGAGAAAGCAAAAAUAAGUGAAAAUCACCGGCGUUGCUAAAUAUAGCUGUGCUAUAACUGCUCCUAUGAAUGUCGAUGCAAAGUGAGACGCGAAUGACACAAGGGAUAUAUAUAUUCGUCGUCGAACCAGAGGUCAACUGGAAAUGAAGUAGGACGGGUCAUGACAGGUCAACCACCCAAAGAGAGAGGAUAGGGAAGAACGCCCCACCACCAUCACCAGCCUUACAAGUCAGAAGAAGAGCCUUAGAAACGCUAAAAACAAGAGCCUCUUCACCAAGAAACGCAAAAAAAACAAAAAACCAUGAGCUCCGACACAACUACCUCCUCCCCAGUGCCUCACCCACCAACCCAAGAACCGAUCAAGGCGGAGAGGUCACCGCCCAUCCCGGUUUCCCACACUACCCAAGCGGAGCGCUCGAACACCAGCAGCAGCAGCAGCAUGACCGGGACGCCGAAACAAGAGACGCACGUCGUCAGCAUCUCGUCAGCCCAACAAGAGACUUGGCACCAGCCCCAGUCCAGAGGUCCCACGCCCCAAGAUCAUCCUGGGGGACUUAACCUGACCGUCCUGCCGACGAACGUCCACGCCAGCGGGGGCGGCCCCCCAUCGGGAUCAUGCACGCCCGUCAGCGAGGUGGGCGUUGCCAUGAACGUCAUCAUCAGGGAGGACGUCAAUCUCUCCUCUCGCACCUCUUUGAAGCAAGAAGAAGAAGAGGAGCUCAAGCAUGCUUUCACGGCCGCUCACACAACGGCGCAUGCGUACACGCACGCACCACCGAAGGCAGAGGUUGCAGCAGAAAAGGAUAAUAACAUCUGGGACCUCCUCAUAAGCCUUCCAACUGUUAUUUUGAAGUACUUCUCUGAUGAAAAACGAUACCCAAACCUACUACAAUUGCCCUUCUAA